UUCGGGAGCAUCAAAUUACAGUAGCAGUUUUGCGCGAGGAGUGGCGCAAUCUACGAGAUCCCAGUAAUGCGUGCUGACUGGGAACACUUUACACACGGGGAGGGACGAGCGCGACGGGGCGAAGAACUCCUACUUUUUUCCGGAGCCCCCUGCAUGGCGAUUUGGAAGUUGCAGGCGUUCUCAUCAGCCUUUGAGUGAAUGAACCUGCGGCUGCUGACCGUUGUCAACACUCGGAUACAGAGUUUGAAGUCUCACGUUGUACGAGGAGAUGACCGCGAGGAAGCAGUACUACUGAAAACAUUUACCCAGGAACUGUGCUGCGUCGAGAAAACAGCACACAAGGAGCAGUCGUUCCUAGACGAAGUACCUUGAGUUGCAAUACGUAAAAUGAGUUCCGAUGAAUUAUUUGGACGUAUGGACAAACCAGUUAUUUGUGAUGUAUAGCAGCGACAGCUCGAAAUCCAAUUUUUCUAAUAAGGAGCCGUGAGAACAGUGGGCAGAACGAUUCUGCGGGGUUAUUUAAUCUUUGAAUAUUAGACCGGCAAUUCCUAUUCCAGAAAUAGCUGUUAAACCACGUAUAGAAUUUGCCACAGGCGAUUAAAGGAACUUGGCGAAACGGAUUUCUCAGUCUGAAGCCACAGGUUUAUUGGAAUAACACAUUUACGAACCGUUUGUCGUGCAGCCUACGUUGACAUUUGGGCACUGGGAUAUACUUCACACAAGAUCAGACUGAUUUUGCGGUUCAAUCAAGGACACGUUCUGUAAAAGAAAGUGCAAAAGUAGUGGCAGAAAGGGAUAUGUAUCCUAUAUCGGUCGCACAUGCUCCUGAUUGAAUUUCUAAAUUGAAACUGUUUAUUUGCCAAGCGCCAAAUUCAUCAUUUUGAAUAUCGCCUCGCGCAGUAUUGGCAAUGGCUAGACACGGAUGCUGGAAAUAUUGCAUCUGGAUUUGUGUCAUCAUAUGCAAGUUUACAUUACCAUUAGCCAAGUCCCUGGAUACCAUAAUUUGGAACUCACAAAAUCCCAAGUUCCAGAGUGGUAAAGGCCUGGUGAUCUAUCCUGAUAUUGGAGACAAGAUGGAUAUUAUCUGUCCCAAGGCAGAUGCCAGCCAGCUGUAUGAGUACUACAAGCUGUACCUGGUAAAGAAGGAACAGGUGGAAUCCUGCAGCACUGUCCUGGACCCAUACGUUCUGGUGACCUGCAAUAAGCCUGAGAAGGACAUCAAAUUCACCAUCAAGUUCCAGGAAUUCAGCCCCAACUACAUGGGCCUGGAGUUCAAGAAGAACAAAGACUACUACAUCACGUCCACGUCCAAUGGAUCUCUAGAAGGCCUGGAGAACAGGGAAGGAGGUGUCUGUAGGAGCCGUUCCAUGAAGGUUAUCAUGAAGGUCGGGCAGGAUCCCAACAUGGUGGCGCCAGACCCAGAACAGACUGAAUCCCCCAUGCCUGAACCUGAUGCCAGCUCCAAUCCUGCCAACCCCAACCUGGUCGGGCCUCUGCAACCUGGGAACACUGACACCAUCAACCAGGAGGGCAAGAACGGCAGCAUGGAUGGUAUCCUGGGCUCCAAGAUCACCGUGUUCUCGGCCAUCGGUGCCGGCUGCGUCGUCUUUCUCAUCCUCAUCAUCUUCCUGAUCAUCUUGCUGAUCAAAAUCCGCAAGCGCUCGCGAAAGCCCUCACAGCCGAGGCCAGCUGCCCUGUCCCUCAGCACCCUGGCCAGCCCCAAGAUGACGGGCAACGCCGGCUCUGAGCCCAGCGACAUCAUCAUCCCCUUACGGACAGAGAACAACUACUGCCCACAUUACGAGAAGGUUAGCGGGGACUAUGGCCACCCCGUCUAUAUCGUACAGGAGAUGCCACCACAAAGCCCAGCCAACAUCUACUACAAAGUGUGA